UCCUCAUUUUCUCAUUCUCUCUCUAUAUAAGUAUAUCCUCUCUCUAAAAGAGCUCCUAUUUUCGUCAUAUCAUCCGAGACGAUAGAAACUCAGAUUUUGCAGAUUUUUCGUUCAAUUCAAACAGAAAACCUAGAUUUUCGCACCUUAAUCAAACCCCUAAUCCAUUUCUCAGUCCCCUCGAGUCCAAUUCCUUCGUAUCUCGCCAGAUCUGAUCGCCGUUCAAAAAAAUUUCCCCUAAAUUUUUAAAAAUUGAAUCGAUCCUUUUCUUUUGCAUUUUUGUGUAACGGAAUUGAAUUCAAUUAAGUUAAGUUAUAUCCGUCGUGUAAUUUUGACUAACUGGGUGAGAUUUUGUUAGAAUUAUUGUGUGCAUGGUGGGCAUGGGAAGGAUUUAUAAGGAGACCGCCAAACCCUCGUCGUCGACGGCAUCUCCGUCGGCUCCCGCAGUGACGACGUCGACGUCUAUAACGGAGACGGUGAAUGGGUCUCACGAUUUCAAGAUUACGGGUUAUUCAUUGUCCAAAGGAAUUGGGAUCGGGAAGUAUAUAGCGUCGGACACUUUUAUGGUCGGUGGGUACUCGUGGGCGAUCUAUUUUUAUCCUGACGGGAAGAGUGUGGAGGACAACGCAACGUAUGUCUCGCUUUUUAUUGCCCUAGCGAGUGAGGGCACGGACGUGAGGGCUCUUUUCGAGUUAACGCUUAUGGAUCAAAGUGGGGGUGAGAGGCAUAAGGUGCAUAGCCAUUUUGGUAGGGCGCUGGAGAGUGGGCCGUAUACUCUUAAAUACAGAGGCAGCAUGUGGGGAUAUAAGCGGUUUUUCAAAAGAUCUACUUUGGAAGGAUCGCACUACCUGAAGGAUGAUUGCCUUCAAGUACAUUGCUGUGUUGGUGUUGUUAGGUCUAACACAGAGGGACCUAAGAUCUACGCUAUACCAAUACCACCAUCUGACAUUGGUCAGCAUUUCGGGCAGCUGCUGGAGAGUGGAAAAGGAACUGAUGUAAAUUUUGAAGUUGAUGGAGAAAUUUUUUCGGCUCACAAAUUGGUACUUGCUGCUCGUUCACCAGUAUUUAGAGCUCAAUUAUAUGGUCCCAUGAAGGAUCAAAAUACGCAGUGUAUAAAAAUAGAAGAUAUGGAGGCACCUGUUUUUAAGGCCUUACUUCAUUUUAUAUACUGGGAUGUGCUACCUGACAUGGAAGAACUUACUGGGAUGAACUCGAAAUGGGCUUCAACAUUGAUGGCUCAGCAUCUACUUGCAGCUGCUGAUCGGUAUGGUUUAGAUAGGCUCCGGUUGCUUUGUGAGGCUAAUCUCUGUGAGGAUGUUGCUAUAAAUACUGUUGCAAAUACGCUGGCAUUGGCAGAGCAGCAUCAUUGUUUCCAGCUGAAAUCUGUGUGUCUCAAAUUUGUUGCAUUGCCUGAAAAUCUUAGAGCUGUUAUGCAGACCGAUGGGUUUGAGUAUUUGAAAGAAAGCUGUCCUCGCGUCCUCACUGAAUUGUUGGAGUACGUUGCCAGGAUCACUGAACACUCCAUUGCCAUUGGCAAGCAUGGGAAUGAAGGUAUGAUGGAUGGAAGUGAUGUGAAUGGUCGACGCGUGAAGCAGAGACUAUAGGAGUUGCUACUGACUUGUACUAAGGAAGAAAGAGAAUAGCUUAGAUCUUCUUUAGGGUUAUUAGUGAAACAUUUUUCGAGCUGCAGCUUCCAGCAUGAUACUGAUGUAAAUUUAAUGGUUCAGUCACGUGUACUUUGGUUUUUUUGUAAUAUUAAAGACUAAUUGAGAGAGUCGAUUUGCUCCUGUUGUGAAUUGUACUUUGUGUAUGGCUCUGUUCCAAGGGAACAAAUUUAUAAAUAUAAAGCUCUCGCUCUCU